ACUUGACAAGAUUGAACGCAGAUCAAUACGUGCACGUACUGCAGUAGACUACUGUAAUCGCUCACACCAAGUCGGUCAAACAGUCAGAAAAGUAGGAGUACAUGCCCACACGUCCAUGUCUAGAAGUAGCGCACUACAUAUAGACAUCGACCAGACAAGCCAAAGCCACACACGCAUUACAUUACACAGUGCAGCAGUCGGGCGAUUAGCCGAAAGUGAUUUUACACGAUCGAUCGAUCGAUCGAGUAGGACACGCCGGCCGCGACUUCUGAUCGGGUGCCAGAGAUCUAGUCCAGGUUCGAGAGCCAUCGGCCAUGAGCAAGAGAGGCAGGGGCGCGUGGAACAUGGAGCUGGGCCGCCUCGACACCGCCAGCCUGCUCAUGCUGCUGGCGCAACAGCACCGCCAGCGCGGCGUCGCCGGGGCUCCGCCGGCGAUGGGCGGCCGCGUGUUCGAGUGCAAGACGUGCAACCGGCAGUUCCCGACGUUCCAGGCGCUCGGGGGACACCGCGCCAGCCACAAGCGCCCCAGGAUGCAACACCCAUCCCCGCAGCACGCGCUCGUCGGCGUCCACGAUGAGGCAGCGCUCUGCCUUGGCCACCGCGUGCCCCAGGCGCCGCCGCAGCCGCCCAGGCCGAGGGUGCACGAGUGCCCCGUCUGCGGGCUCGAGUUCGCCGUCGGCCAGGCGCUGGGCGGGCACAUGCGCCGGCACCGCGUCGAACCCGAGGCCGGGACCAACGCCCCGAGCAGCAAGGCGGCGGCGGCGGCCUCGUGCGACGACGGCGGGAUCUGCCUGGACCUGAACCUGACGCCUUCGGAGAACUGCGUCAAGUGCAAGAGCGCGGCGGAGCUCGCCGCCGCUGCCGGGCAGGGUGUAAAUAAGGCGCUAGGCGGGCACAUUCGUCGGCACCGCCCGGAGGACGAGAGCCAGGCCCACGCGACGAGCGGCAGAUUGGAUUUCUGUGAUAAGUUGGGAAGAAGCCAAAGAUAUUUGCCCUUGCCACUCGAUCCUUGUGGCAGAUUGGAAGAUGCUGAUAUAUCAGCUUCAAUUUGUUGAUUCGAUGGUUUAAGGAAAUGACAGUUGGUCCUGUA